GUCAAUGGGUCUAUAUAAGCCGUGACAGCAGUACAGAAGUUUAGUGUAUUGUCUUUAUGGUGGUUCUGUCUGGUGCUAGUUUAUUAUUUACCUUCAAGCGCAACAGGUUUUUUUGUAGUGCAAGGUUUUUUCUUAUGAUUUUACUUGUUUGACUUUAUUUGUAUUACAAACGAGUCAAAAUUUCCAGGUUGACUCCAACUCUACCCAAAAGGUGCCAUGUCUGCAGGGCUACAGAUGCUUGGUACCGCACUGGGGGUUGUGGGCUGGCUGGGAACCAUCCUGGCCUGUGCUCUCCCUCUAUGGCGUGUGACCGCUUUCAUCGGCAACAACAUAGUGACUGCGCAGGUUGUCUCGGAGGGUUUGUGGAUGACCUGUGUGACGCAGAGCACUGGCCAAAUGCAGUGCAAGGUUUAUGACUCUAUGCUGGCUCUGUCUUCAGACCUUCAAACCUCUCGGGCCAUUCUCGUCAUUACUCUGCUGGUCAUGCUGGUGGCCAUACUUGCUAGCAUAGCUGGAGGCGAGUGCACAAAUUGCUUGGCCCAAGGCACUGCCAAGGCCAGGGUAGCUACAGCAGCUGGGGUUUUCUUUCUCCUUGCAGGGAUUCUGAGUCUUGUGCCACCCAGCUGGAUAGCAAAUACUGUGAUCAAAGACUUCUACGAUCCAUUGGUGGCCCAGUCACAAAAGAGGGAGCUGGGAGCAUCCAUCUUUAUCUGUUGGGGGGCUGCUGUGCUCAUGGUGAUUGGUGGAGGGCUUCUGUGUACCUCUUGGCCCAGUGGUAGAGGAUGUCAAAUGGGCCACUAUAAACCAGCAUCUCAAACCAGUAGAGAGCGUGCAGCUUAUGUCUGAGUUUAUGCUAAUCACUGACUUGCUUUUGUCUCUUUAAAUCAUGUAUGAUUUUUAUUUUCUGUAAAUAAAGCAGUUUUAUUACCAUAAGUGACUUUCUUUUAAUCCAGCAGAUGGAGGUGUUGUGCUUGGAUGUCCUCUUAAGCACCACCUAUGAUAAGUGGAUGAGACUCUGCACUGACAAGGUCUUGGUAUAUUGCUUUUUGAGCAAUUUCCUCAAAUGAUAUUGGGAAGGGGAAAACUAAUAAUGCAAAAUAAAAUCAAUUGAAUAUAUUGCAGACAACCAAAAAGAAAUGACAAACAAGACGGUAUCUUCAGGUAUACCAGUGGAAGGAUGACCAAUAAAUUGUGCCUUUGCAUCAAAACACCAUUAUCUGACCUGCUUUUUGUAAGCUUGUCUGGAGGAAAGGAUAAACAACUGGAAGUACUGGUCAUUUUUAUUAUGAUACAAUGGGAAGUCAUGCACAUAUUACAUUGGUUAACAUGUUUGAGUGUGAACCUGUUGGCAUAUUCCACAUAGCCUUGGAAAACAAAUUUGCAGAGUGAACAUGUCAUGACAGAAUGUCAACUUCAUAAAACUGGUUGAAAUUGAGACUUUGAGUUAUAAAAGGUGAGCUUGGAAAUGGG